AUGUAUGCUCUUCUUCUGUUCGGUACAACAGAAUGUUUCCUUCUGGCUGUCAUGGCUUAUGAUCGUUAUGUUGCCAUUUCCAAUCCGCUGCGUUACACCAUGAUUAUGAACAGAACAGUGUGCAUCCUCCUCGCCACCGCAACAUGGACUGCUUCCUUUAUGAUUACUGUGAUUCAAUCUAUUGCUAAUCCCAUUCGAUUCUGUGGAAACAAUGAGGUUGACCAUAUAGGAUGUGAAGUUAAAUCUGUUAUUAAGCUCAUUUGUGCAGAGUCCUCUUCAAGCCAGAUAAGCAUGUACUUCACUAGCACUUUGACACUGGUUCUUCCUUUGGGCUUCAUCCUUUUUUCCUACAUGCGCAUUCUUGUGACCAUCCUUAGGAUCCACUCAGAAGGAGGUAGGACAAAGGCUUUCUCCACCUGUGGUUCCCAUCUGACUGUAGUGAUCAUGUACUAUGGCACAGCUAUAUUCACUUACCUCCUACCACAAAAUGCAGGGACACAUGAGAUAGAAAAAAUAAUAUCUCCAUUUAAUUCAGUGCUGACUCCCAUGUUUAAUCCUUUAAUUUAUACACUCAGAAACCAAGAAGUCUUGGGUGCAUUGAAGAAACUGAUAGGUAAGAAAAAACCAGACAUAACAUAUUAA